AUGGCCAACCGGCAUCGGAGCGUGUUCCUCGUGAUCUUGGCCGAGCGCGACAAGGACGCCGCGGUGUCGCUGGUGUGCGUCAGGGAGGACGGCGACGCACCGGGCGCGCCGCAGUUCUCGUACAAGCUCGCUGUGGAGCACACCGGCAGUGGCGCGAGGGUGACGUUCGAGUUGCCGGUCAUGAAAAGCAGCUCCCUGCCCGCUGGCACGCCAUGGCCGGACGAGUUUACCUCCCUGUCGGUGCCGAAAGCGUAUCUGUCUGACGACAUCCACAUUGACAAACACGUCGCUCCUCCUCCCCCUCCUGCUGCCGCCCCUACUAGUCCUCCUCUUCCUCCUCCUCCUCCUCCUCUUCCUCCUGCUGCCUCGGCUACCACGGCCGUCAAGUCCGCGCCUAUUGAUCAAGGCAGCAAGAAACGAAAAUCUACCAAUCCGAAGAAACUCUAG